AUGCGGCGGGCGGGAGGAGGGCGACGAGUCCUCUCCUUGAUCCCUCUCCGGCUGGAUGAUCCCAAAGCCCACCGCGCAGAAGGAGCCGGUUGUCGUCACCCCCCCACCCCCUGGUGCGUGCUGGGGAUGCGCAUGGAUGCCCCCUCUUCUUCUUCUUCUUGGGUUGAAGAUGUCACGAUGGAGAACACAUGGAGGCUCGUCGGGCGAAAAGUGAUCGUCACGGCCGCGUCGCCGCCGGGCCUCCGGGCCACGAGCGCGCUGACUGACUGUUUGCUGAGCAGCAACGGCAGCGGCCGCUUUGCCUGCUCUGUGAACGCGCUUGCAAGGAAAAUGUUGAGCAAGAGCCGACGAGAUGCUCUGGAGGAGGUCUUGAGCCGCUACGUCUCGGACACGCUGCUCGACGUGUCCGCGGUGAGCCGCUUCUGCGAGGGUAUGUCCGAGUGGCGUCUGCGGCGUGAGAAUGAGAUGAACGCCAUCACGGACAUCGGCAACAGAGCGGAGCUGAAGCCGACCGAGAAUAUCCUGGCGUACGUGAAGAACAAGAUGGCUGCGGAGCGUAGGCGGUCGGCGUUGGAGGCGGAGCUAGCGGCGGCGCUAAAGGACGUGCUGCUCGGCCUGGAGGACCUGGACGUCUUCGUGGAGGCGCUGGAGAGGCUGGCCACCACCUCGCCACUCAUUUUCCGGGGCGAGGUGGUGAAACUGCCACAGGAUGUCGGCCGCUGGGAUGCGGCGCUCGCCGUGGCCGCGGCGCGUCGGGCCUGUCCCCUCGCUGCCGAGUUGAAGCAAGACGCCAAAGUCUUCUUCGUGCCCAGGCUGGACAACGCGGCCGUGCUGGUGUACCUUCUCGACAAAUACGUGCAGACUGCACUACAAAUGUGUCUCCUGAUGGACAAAAGGGCGACUGCUGGAGUUGAUAUGUACACAUGUUCUUCUUCCAGCGAGUUCUGCCUCAACGUGGCAACGUUGGAAGUCCGUGUGGAGCUCCCUGAGGAAUUAUCUUCAAACGACACGCAGAGGAUUCUUCGCCACGUUCGCCAGUGUGACCAGAUCAGGAAGGACGCAGACUUCCGGCUGGUUUUUGCGCUCCAGGAGGACGCGUGUCGCCGCUUCCUGGCCGAGUUCAGCCAGCGUCGGGCUAGGAUGCUGGAGCUUCUGGACCAAUUGGAUCAGAGCACCGAGGAGCUGGUCAGGAAGAACAAGGCGGUGAAGAUCUCCACCGUGGCAGGUAGCUCGGUGGGCGCGGUGAGCGGCGCGCUGUCCAUCGCGGGGCUCUCGCUCAUACCCAUCACAGCUGGCACCUCGCUGGCUCUGAGUAUGACCGGACUGGGUCUCGCUCUGGCCAGCUGGGCCAACUGUGCCGUCACCUCCAUCGUGGACUAUAAACUGGAGCAGACGUUGAUUAAGAAGGCCAGCUGGGUGAUGGAUAACUUUAUUGAGGACGCGCAGAGUCUAGACAACAUUGCCGACAAGACUCGCCAACUGGACGCCGCCGUCAGCGAAGUUCUCUGUGAGGCGCAUGAGGUCAGACGAGUCGGACUGGUUGCGGACACCACCUCUGCCGUGAAGACCCCUCAACGCAACAAGGAGGUGGCCACCAGGGUGGGCAAGGUGGUGGUUGUGGGUGGGAAAGCGCUACGGAACGUCCAUAAAGCAGUGGCGGAUGCCCGGUACGCGGGCCACGCGGCCCUUAAAGGGUCCGUGGCCGUGUCCCGCACAGCCAGGGCCGGACUCAUCCCGCUUAACGGAAUCUUCAUCGGCAUUGAUAUCGUCAUCAUCUGCAUGGACAGUGUUGCUCUGGCCAACGGGUGCGAGUCCCAAGUGUCGCAAUUUCUCAGAGCCAGGAGUGCUCUGUGGCGGGCGGAGAUGGAAUCCUGGCAGAGGAUGUCCGACUCGCUGGUGCGAGGAUUGGCGUCGUUUGAGGAAAACCGGCACGUCAUAGAGGCACCGGUUUGCCGUGACGGCAAACGGGACGAAAAGCAACGUUGCGUCAUUCAGUAG